CAUUAGUUACGUUUAAGGAGAAACGUAUUGUAGAUUUAAUCGAUAAAACAUUGUCGCCAAGGAUCGUGUCCAGGCAACUAAAUAUUUUGUUUUAGAUGUAAAAAACAAAUUUUCCAUGCAACGAAAUCAAAGAGCGAAAUAAACUAUCACCGACACCGGACAAAAUGAAUUCAGAGCCUGCGAAACGAGACGGAAAAAUCAAGCAACAAGUUGAAGUUGAGCAUGAGAUACGACGAAGAUAUCCGAAAAAAUGGGGUGAAGUUAUUAAGGAUCCAAGGAUAAAACUUUACAGCAGCGACAAUCUGAACAAAGCUUUGGAAGAACGAAAUUCUGGAGCCACCAAUCUUUAUGAAUACGACAACAGAGGAGAUUCGUUUUUCGUUUCCAAAGACAUGUACAAAUCACUAUACCAAACGUGCCGUUGUGGUCGACCGAAAAUCGAUGCACAUUCGUUGAAAUGUUUGCAAAAAGUCCAGAAUCCCUACUUGACGAUGGAUUCACAAGAUCAAAAUGAAUUUCUACCACCGAUUCCAAAGACCUCGUUAGGUGUCUACGGUUGGCCCAAGAAUAGGUUUACUGAUUGGGAACUAUCAACUCGUUACACAUCUCCGAAAUAUGAUAUGCCCGGUGGACCUAUUGACGCUCAUCCAUAUUCAAAUGUUUUCAUAGGAUAGUUUCAUCAGAUCAUUGUUACUGAUCAAAUAUAUCACUUAACAAUAGGCCGAGUUACAUUCUUGCAAUUUUUUUUUAUUAAAUGAGAUACAAUUUUAAACUAAC